AUGGCUGACCAAACAUUACUAGCAAAAGCUCGUAAAGCACGAUUUGAUGAUUUACCGAAUUUCUCUGGACAUCCUUCUGAGGAUGGCGAACGGUUUUUAAAAAGCAUUAAGAAUAUAACCAAAGCAACUGACGAAUCAGCUAAUCAAGAAAUUUUAGAAAUUGUUCGUAGUAAAUUAAUUCAAUCAGCAGGAAUAUGGUUCGAUAAUAAUGAACCUAAUUUCAAAAAAUGGUCAGAUUUCGAAACUGCAUUUCGAAAUCGAUAUUUUUCUUCAACAUCAGCUCAUAAGAAAUUUGAUACAUUAAAACAACGAAAACAUUUACCAGAUGAACCGAUUACAUCUUACUUCGAUGACAUCAUUAAUUUGUUCCGGGAAAUUUAUUCAAAUAUGUCAGAAAAAAU